AUGGGAGAUCGUGAAUUCUUGGAAUCAAACGAUGGCGACAGUGUUCACUUGUCGCAGGAUUCACAGUUAUCAGUUGCAAGUAUGUCACAAGACUUAUCCCAGGGGUCUGUGGAUGCAGACACAACUGUUGCAUGUUCUAAACAUAGGAGAUCGGAAAAGAAGAAAAAGAAAAGGCCUAAAGGUGAAAAAUCUUCCAAAUCGAGGGAUAAUGACAAAUGUGAAAGAGACAGAAGUGAAACUCCAGACUGUGAUAACUCCAAUAGCGCAAUUAAACAUUCUCGGAAAAGUUCGAAAAGUUCCAGUAAAUGUGAAAACGGUGAAAAAAGUGAGAAGAAGGUUAAGAGACAUUCUAGCAGAAGACCAGAACCAGAAGGCGGGAAUCCCUCACACGCGGAAACCAGCAGUAUAUUAGAGUUCGAGCGAAUUAUAAACAACACAGAUCCGUUGUUUUCGGACCUUGAGAUUGAUCUGGCCGGAGAUGAAGACUCCCUCAAACCAAGGCGGACGCCGCGACAAACUAGAAGCGGCCCCGCCGGUGGUAUUUUCAUUCCAUGUACACAACUGGGCAUUAACUCUAAUACAAUGAUAAAAUUUGCCAUCAUCGGAACAGAACUUCAAAACAUUUUCCAAGUUUCUCAAAGGAUUGAAAGUGAGACUGCAGGUCUGCAGAGACGUAUCCAGUUGCUGGAGGAGGACUUGGAGAGGUCAGAAGAGCGUCUCCAGAGUGCCACAGAAAAGUUGGAAGAGGCAUCUAAAGCAGCUGAUGAAAGUGAAAGAGGUCGCAAGGUGCUGGAGAGCAGAAGCUUGGCUGAUGAUGAGCGAUUGGAUGGCCUUGAAGCUCAGUUGAAAGAAGCUAAAUACAUCGCUGAGGAUGCUGAGCGCAAGUUCGAUGAGGCUGCUCGAAAACUGGCCAUCACAGAGGUGGAUCUGGAGAGAGCUGAGGCCCGUUUGGAGGCUGCUGAGGCGAAAAUCCUUGAGUUGGAGGAGGAGUUGAAGGUCGUCGGCAACAAUAUGAAAUCUUUGGAAAUCAGUGAACAAGAGGCAUCCCAGAGGGAGGAUAGCUACGAAGAGACGAUCCGCGACCUGACCCAAAGGCUCAAGGACGCUGAGAACCGUGCCAGCGAGGCUGAGCGUACGGUGUCCAAACUACAGAAGGAGGUGGACAGAUUGGAAGACGAAUUGCUGGCAGAGAAAGAGAGGUACAAAGCUAUUUCAGACGAACUGGAUAGUACAUUUGCUGAACUGGCAGGCUAUUGA